AUGGGUCGGCCUGAUCAAGCUGAAACAACUAAUUAUAACAUUGAUCCUAGUACUCCAUCCGAGCCAGUGCAAUUCCCACCACCGGCAACGACAUCAGCAACAUACGAUGUAACAUCUUAUAACAAUAACGAGAACACGAUAACAGUUAUAAAUUAUAAAUACCAUAAUUGGAUAUUGCCGCAAAGAUAUCCAUUUAUACCUCCUUCAUUCAAUGAACCUUGGAAAACCGGAUUAUUCGAUUGCAUGCAAGAUCCAAUCAACGCUCUUGCCACAUUUUGUUUUCCAUGCUUAACUUUUGGACAAAUAGCAGAAAUUCUCGACAAUGGACAAACAUCCUGCGGAACAAGUGGGAUGUUGUAUGGAUUGAUAUCAGCGUGUGUCGGGGUACCAUGGAUAUUGUCGUGCACAUAUAGGACUAAGUUGAGGAACAUUUUCGGACUGGUGGAAUCUCCUGCACCGGAUUGUCUCACCCAUUUCUGUUGUGAAUAUUGUGCUCUUUGCCAGGCUUAUAGGGAGCUUCAUCAAAGGGGAAUUGAUCCAUCUAUUGGAUGGGCGGGAAAUGUGGCGAUGGCGAGAAAAUAUGAACAAUUACAUGGACAAGUUGAUGCGAUGAAUAAUAUGAUCAUCAAUCCACCACCAUCCCAGACUAUGAAUUAA